AGUCAUCCUCGUACCAGCUGACGAUUGUGUACGCCUCUGACCAAAAAUUGACAAGAACAAAUACCUAUAUAAACAUAUUUCACUUCAUCUUAUUUAUUCCCUUCGUUAUAAUAAAAGCAGGUUUUAAAAGCCUUAAAUAAUUCUCGUGACCUUUAUAUCAUCAGCAUUUUACGAAUUAUAUCAGCCUUAUGAAAUGAGUCUGCACCUGCGCCUGUUUCUGUAUCUGAUGACUUGGCCAUGAUCCAGUUCGAAACACUCCCUUUUCUAUCUAGUAUCUCUCUGAUUUCUGGUCCGUGACGAUGGGACCCCUCACCAGGAUCUCCCUGGUCAUUCUCGCCAUUUCUUUCAUGGUCUUUGUCGCAUUUUUCGGUAGGCUGCCGGCUUUGAGGCAUACUCCAAUAACCUGGUUGCACCGCGCGAUAUGGGUGUAUAUACCAAAUACCGUUUUGAGCCUUGAUCAGCGGCUCACCUCAGGCCGCCUCACUACGGCACUGGGUAGAUUUGGCACGUAUGUCAUGUACGACAGGCAUCCCACGGUGCUCAUCUUCUUCCUGUUGCUGCUGUUCGUGGGUGAGUUUAUGUACUUACCAGGGGUGUGGCCGCGAUUGAACUUCUUGCAUAAGACCUUGGGCAGCAUAUUUAUUAUCUUGCCCUACCUGUUCUUAUACCUCUCCGCGGCUGGCGACCCGGGGGUCAUCACCCCCGCCAACCACUCCCGUUACAUGUCGCAUUAUCCGUACGACUUCGCGCUCUUCCGUCCGGGCCAGACGUGCCGCACGUGCGAUCUGCUGAAGCCCGCGCGCUCGAAGCACUGUUCCGUCUGCAAGCGCUGCGUUCACAAGAUGGACCACCACUGCGUCUUCAUCAACAACUGCGUCGGCUACGGCAACCAGCAUUACUUUAUACUUCUGCUCCUUUCGACCGCCAUUUUAACGCUGUACGGCGGCGUGCUUGGCCUCGGAGUAAUCGCCGACGCGGCCCGUACGCGUAACGCGUCGUUCGUGCUGUUUCCGAAACCCUCCACGUGGUCUUGGCACCAGUACCUGAUGGUUCUGACAACGGGCAUUCAGGAUGACGUAGGCGUAGGAUCCGUGACUCUAUUAGCGCUGAUGACAACGCCCCUGGUGUGGGGUCUCCUUGGAUACCACGUCUACCUUAUUUACUGCGGCACGACUACUAACGAGAGCAUGAAAUGGCAAGACUGGCAAAUGGAGAUGGACGAUGGGUGCGCAUUCAAGCGCUCCCUGCCCCCCGGCCGGAUUAAGAAUCUGCGUUACGAAGCAGCCUGGACACGAUGGCCCGUCGAUGCAGUUCAAGUGAUCGUCCGCACCGAGGACGGCACGCCACCGGAUCCGAAUAUACCUCCGGGUGUCGGCGAGUGGGAACGCGUAUGGCGCCUGCGGGAUGUUGAGAACUUAUACGACCUUGGUUUUCGGGAUAAUCUAGUUGACGUCUUCGUUCCCAAUCACUCGUUUCGACGAGGGGAUAUCUCGGAGACAGAUCUGGAGAGGGGAAAGAGACGGACGAGGAAACCGCCCAAGGCUUCUCGAGCAUCGAAUUUGGUAGCUGCUGCUACUUAACUACCUAACCUAACCAAACCUAUUCAUAUUGAUACAAUGUAAAAUCUAGUUGAAUGCAAUCAACAAUUGUGUUGAGUAUACAAGUAUAUCCUUGGAUAUAUGUAUACACGUGGCCAUAAGAAUACAU